AAACUAUUUCCUGGAACAUCUGAGUUGUGAUUCACCCUUGAGUUACCGACCACAGUCAAAGGGCAAACAUGCUUCAUGCCACAAGUGAACUACAGUUUUCGAACGAAAAAAAUACGGAGGUUAUCUCCCAACUCGCUUCCCUGGCGCCAUCAGGUGACGCAUCACCCAGCGAAAAAAAUUCACCUGGUUUACCCGAAAAAACGGGCUAUCCGGACUCCGUUUACGUUAUGGCCGCAAACAUUUUUCGGGGCAUUCGAAUCGAAAAGUCACCAGAGCAAGUCUUAAUAAAGUAUGGGAAUGAACCCUUGCGGUCCUUGCCCGAGUCUGAGGAUGAAGCCCUUCAGCGGUCGUCCUAUGAGCUGGCUUUCAGUGCCCUGAAGUUUCAAGAUAUUUUGGAAACUAUGUUAAUAGACAGCUAUAUCUUCCCAAGUACCACAAUACCAGAUCAUUUGAGCAGUCUUAUUAUUGUGAUGCUGUAUGAUUUCCAAGAUAGAAAAUUUCAAGCUCGUCUCUUUUCUGAUAAUGAAGAGCCCAUAGCAGAAGUUCAAGAAGUAGAGAACCUUCUUAACAGUUUUAAGACAAAAUUGGCUGCAGCAUUGGCAAGAUGUCGAAUCAAACAUGAUGCCCUUUCAAUUUACCACAUUCUUCCAGAGACAGUUAGGAACCAGGAACUAAGGGCCUCCACUUUGCCACUUUAUGCUUGGAUAAAUACUUGUAAAAUCAGCUCUGAAGAAGUUUAUUAUAGUUUGAAGAAAAAAGGCUAUAAUAAAGUCACAUCUGUAUUGCAUAUUGAUGAUAAAGUCUAUGCUGUGGACCAACAUUGCUAUGAUGUUUUAAUUUUUCCAUCUCAUCUCAAAAAUGAUCUUCUAAAUAUAGAUCUUUUCAAAGAAUAUAAACUUAUAUUUCAGGACAAAUCUCGAAGUCUCGCUGUCCAUUCUGUAAGGGCUUUAUUAAAUAUGGACGAUGAUAUCUUAAUGGUCAAUACAGGUUCAUGGUACACAGUUGCCCAUAUGUCAAUCUUAACAAAUAAUAAUAUCUCAAAAAUAUUUGUGUGUGGAGUAAAAUCACAAGCUAAGGAUCCUGAUCUGAAGAACCUUUUUACAAAAAUGGGAUGUAAAAAUAUUCAAAUAUUUCAUGAGACAUUUCUUAACAUUGAACCAAAGGAUCAUAGAUUACAGAAUGUUAAAGUGAUUCUGCUGCUACCUCGUUGUUCAGGACUGGGUGUUAGUAAUCCAGUAGAAUUUAUACUAAAUGAGCAUGAAGAUACAGGUUUACUUAAAGAUUUCUCUCAAGGAGGCAUAUCAGAAGAUAAACUUCACAUUCUUGCUCAACAGCAGUAUGAACAGCUAACACAUGCAAUGAAAUUUACCAAAGCUCAAGCAGUCGUUUAUUGCACAUGCUCAGUUUAUCCAGAAGAAAACGAAGCUGUUGUUAAGAAAGCCCUGGAAUUUCAAGACCUUGGUAUUAAAGUACAGCCUUACAGGCUUAGUCCUCCUGUCCUUCCACUGUGCUCCUUAAAGGAAAUACAUCUGUCUACUGAUAAAUUUUUCAGAAUGGAACCAUCUGGAAUUACCAAUGGUUGUUUUCUUUCUGUUCUAACAAGGGAGCGGGACCCAUCUGAGACAGUGUCUGUGAGAGACGUUCUGGCCCGGGCUGCCGCUAAGGGUCUACUGGAUGGAAUUGAGUUGGGUAAAUCUUCAAAGCGGGAGAAGAAGAAGAAAAAAUCAAAAAUAUCAUUGCCGAAAGCUCCCACUAGUGACAAUAACAGCAUCCAAACGAAAAUCGCUGAGUUCCUGAAUCGAGAAACGAAUGCACAUGCUAAUCGGUCAGAGACAUUGACAACAAAAACAUCUCUGGCACAGAAAAAUGCCACUUCAGCAGCUUCUUCCUCGCCGGUCAGAAAACCCGGCAAGCCCGCCGCCAAUCCCUUAGUGCCUACAUUUAUGAAGAACACAGCUCACCCCAGACCAUAUGAACGGCAGACAAACUUCGUAAGACCUCGCCCAGAAGACAGAGUGAUCGCACUGAAACCCAUAGAGAUUGUUUUGCCUCCAGUGAUGUUGCCAUCUUCAAGUCCCCACAGGAUCAAAUCUCAGAUACCAACUCAACAUUUUUACUAUCAUUGGCUUGGACCCAAGACUGGUUACUUUCCCUCACCAUCAAUAACCAGAAGAGGGGAAAAGCCUAAGGAGAACUUACCUUCUUCCCCACUCAGACGUCCUCGACCAUGGCUUUGACUGUGUUGUGGUUUUUACAGACGUCAAGGGCAGUUGACUUUUUGUCAAAGUCUGAUACCUCUCUGAAGGUUAGAUUACCCUACACAAGAUACUCACGCUUUUGGUCA